CUUCCCAUCAUCUCUUUUUUCGUCAAUCAAUCGAUCCAUAUCAAUUCUGCAGAAUCAAAACCCUAAUUGUGUUUCCUUAGCUCUCCUUUCCUUCGUCUAUCUAGAUUUUUGAGAUUCUUCGAUUCAAAAACUUUUGGUUUGUUUGGUGAGAUGCGAGAUUAGCUAGAACUACAAGUUAGUUUUCCUUUUGUCGGAAUCUUACUGUACAUAUAUCUCUGGUCCUGACGACAUUAUGAAGUUGGAUCGUGGAGUUGGUUGUUUGAUUUGAUUAUUACUGGUUGGUUACUUGGAGAGAGUGAAUACUUUAGGGCACUGUUAUAUCGAGACUCUCAGAUUCACUGUUUUUUUUUUUUUUUUAAUACCGAAGACUAUAUAGUAGAGCAAGCCAACUUGAUUAGGGCGUUGAGACACAUACCUUGGUGUUUCUUGGGGCUUGACAAGCUAACAAUCUUGUGGCUUGUACAAUGAGUGAACAACAGUUUGCCAUGGAUGAUCAACUUGGAAAAACCACAAAGAAAACAAGAGUUGUUUCAUACACGAGAAAUUUUCUUUUAUCCUUAAGCGAUAAGGAUGUUUGUAAGAAGCUGCCAAGUCUUCCCACUGAGUUUAAUGAUUUACUCUUGCGUGACUCUGAAGAUCCUUCACCCGAGCGACCAAGAAUUUCUGGUGGUGGUUUGAGGAGGAAUGACUAUAGUUCAUCGCCUCCCACUAGGGGUGAAUUUGGUGGCAACUCUCGAGGCACACAUGGCAGAUGGGAAGGGCGCGCAGGUGGAUGGAAUGAUAAAGAUAGUGAUUCUUCUUCACUUUCAGACCGUGACCCAGGAGAGCCUGGAAGGCGUUCUGGCAUGCCAUCCCGGAGGCCUUGGCAAGCACCGGAGCAUGAUGGACUUCUGGGGAAAGGUUCUUUCCCUAAGCCUUCUGGAUUUAGUGCUGGGACCAAGCCUCAGUCUGAUGACUCCUAUCAGCUGCGUAGAAGCAAUGAACCUUAUCAUCCUCCUCGCCCAUACAAGGCGGCACCUUACACUCGACGUGACAAUAGAGACUCAUUAGAUGAUGAGACGUUUGGCUCUUCUGAAUCUACAAGUGAAGAUAGAGCAGAAGAAGAAAGAAAAAGAAGAGCUUCUUUUGAGUUGUUGAGGAAGGAACAUCAAAAAGUAUUCCAGGAGAGGCAAAAAUCAAACCCAGACUUACGCAAAAACGACUUUGAUUUUACUGAACUGCCUGGGGAGUCCAAAGAUGAGAAAGAGCGUCCAAGUAGAAGCGAUGAAGUCAACAGCAAUCCAUCAAUCCCUGGGGCUAGUAACCACUCGAUUCCUUCUCAAAGUAAUGCACCCAGACCGCUUGUUCCUCCUGGUUUUGCAAGCACAAUUUUGGAAAGAAAGCAAGGGGAAAAGCCUCAAACUGAAACUUCCCAACAUGGACGUAGUCCUUUGAUUCCCGAAGGCAUUAAUAUGGUGAAUGGAACAUCUGUUACUAAUGAAGAAAACCCGUCGGUGAUGAAGAUAGGCUCAAGUGAGAUGCUGGUAGAAGCUACAGUGAAGUUGGAGCAGAAGAAAAGCUUGGAGAUUCUGGAUGAGCCGUCAAUUCUGGACAAGAUAUUCAACACCGCUAUAAAUUUGAAUAGUGGCGACUCCUCUAAUAUUACUCAGAAAAUUGUCGAAAAGGUAGAAGAGACACGUAGCCCUCAGACUGUUAAAUCUUCAAAGUUUGCACAUCUGUUUCUUGAAGAAGAUAACAAGCCAGUCGAGGAUCUACCAUCCAGCAGGCCACCAAAAGGCUUACUGUCACUACUUCAAGGUGCAGAUAAAUUGCAAACCUUUGAGACAGAUGCUAAGGGUGAACAUCCGAUGGAUUUUCCUUAUCAAGGCCAUGCCACUAAGAACACUGAUAAGUUAAGCAACACUUCCGCAACUAAACCAGUUACAGCUGCUCCACCUGUUCUCACCUGUGAAGACCUUGAGCAGUCUAUUCUAUCAGAAGUCAGUGAAACCUACCAUCCUCCUCCACCUUCAGUUGACCAAGACCUGAGUGUUUCUUCAGUGAAGAAGGCCAACCAAGGGAAACCAUCUGUUGAUAACCAAGCUUCGCACCACCUUCUUUCAUUAUUACAGAGAAGUGCAGACCCGAAAAGUCAAGUCAGAGAGAGUAGACCACCACCGUCUGUGAAACCACCUACAGCUGGAGAAGCAGACCCGGGGAAGUCUUUGACCCUUGAAAAUCUAUUUGGGAGUGCCUUCAUGAGCGAACUGCAGUCAAUUGGAGAACCUGGCUCUGGAAGAACAGUGGUUUCAGAUGCUCCUGGGAUCCAAAGAAAUCAAAUCAGACCUGACGGUCUUCCCGGAGGGCUACUGGGCCUUCCAGAAGAUGGUAGCUUACUUGCAGUAGGAGAACUUGCAAACCCACAAAAAUACAUGUCUCUUCCAGGACCUCAUAAUCAGGAGCCUGAAGUAACUUUCAACAUCUCUGACAAGCUAGCUGCUUUAAACUCUGGUCCAAGGAACGAAAGACCAACAAUGGGAGGUCCAGAUGGUUCUUUUCUUCACCAUCAUCCCCAACUCUACGCAACCAAUCCUUCUCCUCACUUGAAUGGUUCAGGCUCGGGUUUCCAUCAUUUGGAUACUCGACAUGCUCAUAUAAAACAACAUCAGCUCGAUUUCAUGGGACAAGGAAGCAUCCAGGAUCCUCCACCAAAUCACCGGUUUCCACCAAACAUGAUUCAUCGUCCACCUUUCCAUCAUUCAAGUAGUGGACUUCCAGAGUUCGAUCGAUUUCCUCCACAUAUGCAGCAGAAGAUGCAUAUGCAAGACAACCUACAACGCCAUCAUCUAAUGCAAGGAUUCCCCGGUGGUGGUCCAUCACACCAUCACUCUCCUAAUGUAAACAACCAAAUGCACGGACUCAUCCCUGAGCUAAAUCCAUCACAAGGCUUCCCCUUCGCCCAUGGCCAGCCCAACUACGGUAUGCCACCACCAGGUUCUCAAGGCAACAGAGGUGAACAUCCAGCUUCACUGCAGACACUCUUAGGGAUUCACCAGAGGAUGGACCCAUCCAAGCAGCCUCCGACAAUGGGUCAAGCCGGUGGUCCUAAUCGUCAGGGCUCUAUCGGUCAGGAACUCGACCUUGGCUUUGGCUACAGGUGAUUCUGCUCUGCUCACAAUCCCUUUACAGUUUACACUAAGUUGCUUUGUGAUGUGCAAAGUAGUCAAAUUAACACUUACAGAAAAAAAGAAAAAAAAAUGAACUGUCUUUUCUAUUAGUGCUUGUGAUCAAGCUUUUGUUGCACUUCGAGUCCUUGUGGUUGCCAUUGUUUAGUUUAUGUUUCUUUGUUGAAACCCGUUGCUCAAAUAUUAAUGGCUACCUGUGUCGAAGGUAAAGUGACUCGAAGUUUUUCCUCUCAGAUUAUUUUCUGGACUCCAGUUUUUAACCGGUGCUGGUCCG